CUCUCGGUUUCGCUCAUGCGCAGAGGGCUGAGCCAGCCCUUUGCUGGUUGGAAGAGGGAUAUCUGUCUGUGGGUGCGGAGAAAGAGGAAUAAUGAAACAAAAUAUGCAGAAGCAUGUUCAAGUUCAACUGUUGGAUCCAGAAGUGUGAAUGAUGACAAUCUUAAGAAAAAUAUUGACUCUCAUCUGCAAACAUCAACUUUUGAGCCACAUUUCAAAAAGAAAAAAGUAAGUGCAAGGCGUUAUAAUGAAGAUUAUUUAAAAUACGGUUUUAUCAAAUGUGAAAAACCCUUUGAAAAUGACAGACCUCAGUGUGUAAUUUGUAAUAAUAUUCUUGCAAAUGAAAGCUUAAAACCUUCGAAAUUAAAACGGCACUUAGAAACUCAGCAUGCUGAGCUUACUGACAAGCCUCUUGAAUAUUUUCAAAGAAAGAAAAAGGAUGUGAAGUUAUCAACACAGUUCCUGAGCUGUUCUACUCCUGUUAGUGAGAAAGCCUUAUUAUCAUCAUAUUUAGUGGCAUAUCGUGUGGCAAAAGAGAAAAUGGCUCAUACGGCUGCUGAAAAAAUUAUUCUCCCAGCCUGUUUGGAUAUGGUGCGUACAAUUUUUGAUGAUAAAUCAGCUGAUAAAUUAAAAUCAAUUCCUAGUGAUAGCACAAUAUCACUGCGAAUUUGUACAAUCGCAGAACAUUUAGAAACAAUGCUUAUUACUCGGUUACAGUCUGGAAUAGAUUUUGCAAUCCAGCUUGAUGAAAGCCCUGAUAUUGGAAGCGGUACGACACUUUUAGUCUAUGUCAGAUAUGCAUGGCAGGGUGAUUUUGUGGAGGAUUUUUUGUGUUGUUUAAAUUUAACUUCACACCGAAGCGGGUUAGAUAUUUUUACCGAAUUAGAAAAGUGCAUUGUUGGUCAGUAUAAAUUAAACUGGAAACACUGCAAAGGAAUUACAAGUGAUGGAACAGCAAACAUAACUGGAAAACAUAGCAGAAUAAUUAAAAAAUUGUUAGAAGUUACCAAUAAUAGUGCUGCGUGGAAUCAUUGUUUUAUACAUCGUGAAGCUUUAGCGUGCAGAGAAAUGCCACAGAAUCUCAUGAGAGUAUUGAAAAAUGCAGUGAAAGUUGUUAAUUUUAUUAAAGGAAGCUCACUAAAUAGCCGACUCCUUGAAACAUUUUGUUCAGAGAUUGGAGCUAAUUAUACCCAUUUACUGUAUCACACCAAAGUGCGUUGGUUGUCGCAAGGGAAAAUCCUAAGCAGGGUUUACGAACUCAGGCGUGAGAUCCACGUUUUUCUCACGGAAAAAAAAUCUCAUCUGGCAACUGUUUUUGAAGAUGAUAUUUGGGUAACGAAAUUGGCAUAUUUAACUGAUAUUUUUGGCAUUCUUAAUGAACUAAGUUUAAAACUACAGGGGAAGAACAGUGAUAUAUUCCAACACGUCGAACAUAUCCAAGGCUUCCACAAGACGUUAUUGUUGUGGCAAGCAAGGCUUAAAAGCAGUCGUCCGAGCUACUACAUGUUUCCAAGAUUUUUGCAACACAUCGAAGAGAAUAUUAUUAAUGAAAACAUUUUAGAAGAAAUAAAACUAGAGGUAUUAUUGCAUCUCACGUCUCUCUCUCAAACUUUUAACCAUUUCUUCCCAGAAGAGAAAUUUGAAACUUUAAAAGAAAACUGUUGGGUAAAAGAUCCAUUUGCUUUUCGAAACCCCGAAUCAAUAAUCGAGUUAAACUUGGUGCCUGAAGAAGAGAAUGAAUUACUGCAGCUCAGUUCUUCAUAUGCCUUGAAGAAUGAUUAUGAAACCUUAAGUUUAUCAGCAUUCUGGAUUAAGAUAAAGGAAGACUUUCCUUUGCUAAGUAGAAAGAGUGUCCUGCUCUUACUACCAUUCACGACAACGAGUUUGUGUGAACUGGGGUUUUCAGUCCUAACCCAGUUAAAAACGAAGGAAAGGAACGGACCGAAUGGUGCAGCAGGUCUGCGGGUAGCGGUUUCCUCCUGUGUCCCAGACUGGAAUGAACUCGUGAACAGGCAAGCACACCCAUCAGUUAGUUCCGUCAGGUGCCACCUUGGAGCAGAGGUCAUGUCCAUCUCGCAUGAUACCUAGUGAUUCCCCCUCCCUUUUUGGUGCUCAAAGUGUCGGAAGACAAUCCUCCAUGAAUAGCUCACAUUUCUGCACAGUCUCCAUCCUCUGAAUGAAAGUAUUUGCGUCUGAGUUAAGAAUGUUUAUAUAAGGAGACAUUCCAGGACGGUGAAGAUGGAGAUGUCUUCUUCCUUGGAAACAUCCCAGGGAAGUAAAGAUAACGGCUUUUCCUUCCCUCACUGGAGACACUUGUUUGCCUUCCAGGAAUACUAAGUAAUCUCUCUGUAGGAAGGAUGAGAAGAUGUACGGCAAACCCAUAAAACCCUAGAGUCUCCAGUGGUGCCGCCACUGUGUGCAAAACUAACACACCUAUGAGAAUGGGGCACCGGGAACCAAGCCGCAAUGCUGAUCUGGCUGGUUUUUUUGUUUGCUUGUUUUUUGUUUUUUGCUAUGAGUGUUAAAUUGUAUCUCUGACCCCAAGGUCUCACAUCAAUAUAUGGUCAUUUCUGCAAAAUUCCUUUUACCACAUAUGGCAACAUGUUCUCAGGUUCCAGGGAUUAAGACCUGGCCAUCUUCAGCAGGACCAUCAUCCAGCCUAUCACAUCCACCCCUGGGCCUCAAAGACUUAACAUGCCCCACAUGAGAAAUACCUUUGCCCAUUCCAAGGCCCCCCAAAGUUUCAUCAGAUGAUAGCAUCCACUCAAGCCUAAAAUCUCAUUUAAGUCUUAGCGACUCAAAACUCUCAAAUCUCAUAUCGAAUCCUCUAAAGUAGGUAUGGGUGCAGUUCUGGGUAUGAUGUAUCCUGUGGCAGAAUCCUCUCUACCUGGGAAUCUGCGAAGUGAGAAGGCAAGUUGGUGCUCCAAAAACGCAGCAGUGGGACAGGCAUAGGGUAACUUCCAUCCUCCUUCAAGAAGGGAGAAAAUGAAAAAGUCACCGGCCAAUCACUUACAAAGUCCACCUAGGCAAACUCCAUUAAGUGGCAAAGUCCAGGACCCUUUGGCCGUGGUUGGUGCCUCAGUCCUCUGGACCUGUGACUCCACUCUGGGGCUCUCCACCUUCGGAAUCGUCCGUUUCCAUGAAGAGUAAUGUCAGCCACUGAGUAGUUUUUAUUAACCAGCUUUGUGCCUGCGGAAUUUUGAGAGUCUGACAGGCUUUUCAUUUUCAUCCUCGGCCCCCUUUGGUCCAACCUGACAAUGUUUUUGUUGAUAGAGGAUUCUCAAAAAUGUUGUGGGUCACAGAGACUCACUCCAUCAGGAAAGAGGCUACUCUGCAGAUCUUUCCUGAAUAAUCUCAUCUCUUGUUUGGCUUCUGCUGAGGUAACUGAGAGGACCCAUGAGUCACACACUCUUUCAAAGAACCCCUUGUGUACGUGAAUGCUCUAACCUCUUGGACUUUCCAAGCACUCGCAAAAGUCUAUCCACACUUAAGAGAUAACUUUUCAAAUAUAUUUUACCACAAUUUAAAGGAAAAACUUUAUUAAAAAAAGAAGUCCAAUUGCAUCAUUGGCUUUCUCUCCGUAGCUCGCUUUCCUGACAGUGGA